GACCACCCCAUGACCUCCAAGUACAGGAGGUGCGUAAGGACUCUCUGGUCUUGCUCUGGAAACCGCCUGUCUACCAGGGUCGUGAUGCUGUCAAUGGAUACUACAUUGAUAUCAAAGAGGCUGACGCAGACUUUGAGAUGUGGAGAGGAGUCAAUGAGAAAGCUACUGACAAGACAUUCAAGAAGAUCAAGGAUCUAAAGGAGGGGGAAUCGUAUGUUUUCCGUGUGCGCGCUCAGAACAAAGCCGGUGUAGGAAAAGCAUCAGAUCCAACAGAACCAGUUGAGGCAGUGACUAAACCAGGAACUACCGAGAUAGUUGUGAAUGUUGACGAUGACGGCGUCAUUUCACUGAAUUUUGAGUGCUCUAACCUCACCGCUGACUCCAAAUUCGUCUGGUCCAAGAACUACAUGGAAAUGACAGAACCUGAACGCAUGACCUUAGAGACCAAGGGUAACAA